AUGGAUGCUCCGCCACCUAUCCCGCCACGCCCAUCCGGGUACGAGCUCCGGGGUCCGGUGAACCCUUCUUUGCCUCCCCGGCCGAGUCCGUCUGGACAGCAACAAUUCCGACAGGUUCCUGGCGUCCCACCACCGCCACGACGACCGCAUACAAUACGUCAGCCAAUGACAUGGGGACCAUUAUCCAAUCUUGACGGCACGGCGACACCACUAAUGGGAGCCUUACUGGCUGCCUUCUUCACCAGUCUAGAUUCCCGAGGUACAGGUACUAUCACACCCGAGACUCUGUCGGCCUUCUUGGACAUGCACGGAUUUUUUGGGGGGGGGACAACGUCUUUGAUAAAAAUUGAUAAAAGGAAAUUAGGGAAAUCAAACCUAGCCCCGAAUGUCAUGUUCCAACCAGAAGACCUGGCAGACUUCGAGCUGAAGGCUGCAUGCGAAGCAUGGUCCUUUGAGCACCGCGUUGCUGUGCGCAACCCUGGAUGCCCACAGCUUCCAUACGGUGGAAUGCCAAUGCUUACACUGCGGGGUUUCACAAAUAUCAAUGCAGCAUUACGCUACUAUGACGUCUGGGCAGAGCUUGGUCCCCUGCCCCGCGAGUGUCUACUUCCCGGACCGGACCCUCCGAUAGAAGUCCAGCGCCGUAUCGAGCAAGCCGGGGCGCGUAGCCGGAGGACGGCGGCCGAGAGAAUCGAAGCGAACCGAGUCAAGCACGCGCUGCAGGCGCAGGGCCGUAGGAAUGCUGAGGAGUUGGUUGGUGAUUAUUACUACGUUAGGAGGGACUACUACUGA